AUGAUGUUAGCUCGAUGUACAUAUAACAGUGCAGUUCUCCGAUUUAUUAUUUUAUCAUCGUCAUUUUCACAAAAUUUUCUCAAUCGAUCUUCGUUACAUCAAUUUUUUCGUCUAAUUUCUUCGAGUUUUACUUAUCGUCAUCCAACAUUCACUAUACCAUUAUCAACGACUACCAAAUCCGCCAUAUCUUUUUCUUGUCGUUCAUUUUCAAUAUCUUCAUCUCGAUUAUUAGCUCCUGUUAUUCAAUUUAAAUUAGCUGAUAUUGGUGAAGGUAUACGUGAAGUUGAAGUUAUAGAAUGGUAUGUUCAAGUAGGUGACAAUAUUAAACAAUUUGAUAAGAUUUGUGAAGUUCAAUCAGAUAAAGCUAAUGUAACAAUAAUAUCUCGAUAUGGCGGAACUAUUGUUAAACUUCAUCAUAAAGUUAGUUCUACAGCUAAAGUUGGUCAACCACUUGUUGAUAUUAAACUUGAAUAUGAUAUUGAUGUAUUAACUGGAACUAAAACUGCAACUAUUAUGCCAGAAGAUACAUUUGAUAAUACAACGGUUAAUAAAAAUUCAUCAGCUAAUAUUUUAGCUACCCCUACAAUUAGACAGAUGGCUAAAGAAUUACAAAUUUCGUUAAAUGAUGUUCAAGGUACAGGAAAAGAUGGAAGAAUACAGAAAGAAGAUUUACUUCAGUUUAAAUUAGCAAAAUCAACACCAUCGAAAACUUCACCUACAAUUCCUCCACCAUCACCAACGACUGUUAAACAGACAACAACAUAUCGUCCAGCACCAAUACCUUCUUCAUCAAGUUUAAAAAAACUCACUAGUCUUCCUCAAACAACAUCUAAUGUCGAUAGAAAUGAACCAAUAAAAGGAACUCGUAAAGCCAUAAUUCAAAUAAUAACUGAAGCUAAUUCAGUACCACAUUUUACUUAUUGUGACCAAUAUGAUAUGACACAAUUAGUUAAAUUAAAAGAACAAUUGAAAAAUCAAUUAGAUAAUAAACAAAAACAAAAACCUUCUUAUAUGCCAUUUAUAAUAAAAGCAUGUUCACAAGUUUUACUUAACUAUCCCAUUCUUAAUGCUCAUGUUGAUUCGAAAUGUGAAACAAUAACUUAUAAAAGUUCUCAUAAUAUUGGUAUUGCAUUGAAUACAAAAGAUGGUUUACUUGUACCAAAUAUAAAAAAUGUUCAACAAUUAUCAAUAGUUCAAAUUGCAAAUGAACUUAAUCGUCUUCAACAACUUGCACGAAUUGGAAAAUUAUCAACAGAAGAUCUUACAAAUGGAACAUUUUCAUUAUCAAAUAUUGGAACUAUCGGUGGAACAUAUGUUGUACCUGUUCUUCUUUUACCUGAAGUAGCUAUUGGUGUAUUAGGGAAAAUUAUUCAACAAGUAGUUCCAGACGAAAAUGAUAAAAGUUCAAGUCUUGAUGAAGAAUAUUGUUCAUCUCAUAUUCGUUCAAUGAUGUCGAUCAGUUGGUCAGCUGAUCAUCGUAUUAUUGACGGAACAACAAUGGGUCAAUUUUCAAAUCAACUCAAAUUUUUACUUGAAAAUCCACUUCAUAUUCUCAUUAAUUAG